AUGACAUCUCGGGGAAGGUUGCGCCAAUGGCGCCACCUUACUUAUGCAGUCGCAUUCUGUUUAAUAGCCGCUAGUGUCCUCGCUGACAAAUCCUAUUACCACGCUGAGCGUUUCCACAAAAGCAAAAAAUUUCCAAAGCAUCGAAAGCACAUCCCACAUCCUCACCAUCACGGUUCACCUCACUACUCUCACAAAUCAUCACCACCGUUAGUUUAUAACUAUAAAUUCCCUCCGCCCCAAUCAAAAUCUCCCCCGUCUCCAUACUACUAUAAUUCUCCGCCUCCACCGGCUAAGUCACCACCGCCACCAAAUUACUACUACAAAUCUCCACCACCGGCGAAAUCUCCACCGCAUCCAUAUUACUAUAAAUCUCCACCUCCACCGGCCAAAUCACCAUCACAGCCUGCUUACCAUCACAAAUCUCCUUUGCCACCAGUAAAGUCCCCUCCUCCUACUUACUAUUAUAAAUCACCACCUCCACCUGCCAAGUCACCACCACCACCGGCUUACUACUACAAAUCUCCUCCGCCACCAGUAAAGUCUCACCCGCCUCCUUACUACUAUAAAUCCCCACCUCCACCAGCCAAAUCACCGUCGCCAGUUUACUACUAUAAAUCUCCUCCGCCACCAACAAAAUCUCCACUACCUCCAUACUACUAUAAAUCUCUACCUCCGCCGGCCAAGUCACCACCACCAUCUACAUAUCAUUACAAAUCUCCUCCGCCACCAGUAAAGUCCUCUCCUCCUACGUACUAUUAUAAAUCUCCACCUCCACCGGCAAAGUCACCACCACCGCCGUCAUACUACUACAAAUCUCUCCCGCCACCAGUAAAGUCUUCCCAUCCUCCAUACUACUAUAAAUCUCCACCUCCACCAACCAGGUCACCACCGCCGCCAGUUUACCACUACAAAUCUCAACCGCCACCAGAAAAAUCUCCACCACCUCCAUACUACUAUAAAUCUCCACCACCGCCGGCUAAGUCACCACCACCGUCUGCUUAUUAUUACAAAUCUCCUCCGCCACCAGUAAAGUUACCCCAACCUCAGUACUACUAUAAAUCCCCACCUCCACCGGCCAAGUCACCACCACCGCCGACUUACUACUACAAAUCUCCUCCGCCACCAGUGAAGUCUUCGCCUCCUCCAUACUACUAUAAAUCUCCACCUCCACCGACCAAGUCACCACCACCGCCAAUUUACUACUACAAAUCUCCUCCGCCACCAGCAAAAUCUCCACCACCUCCAUAUUACUAUAAAUCUCAACCUUCGUCGGACAAGUCACCGCCACCACCUGCUUACUAUUACAAAUCUCCUCCGCCACCAGUAAAGUCACCCCCUCCUCUGUACUACUAUAAAUCCCCACCUCCACCGGCCAAGUCACCACCACCGCCGACUUACUACUACAAAUCUCCUCCGCCACCAUUAAAGUCUUCCCCUCCUCCAUACUACUAUAGAUCUCCACUUCCACCGGCCAAGUCACCACCACCGCCAGUUUACUACUACAAAUCUCCUCCGCCAUCAGUAAAAUUUCCACCACCUCUAUAUUACUAUAAAUCUCCACCUCCGCCGGCCAAGUCACCACCACCACCUACUUACUAUUACGAAUCUCCUCCGCCACCAGUAAAGUCACCCCCUCCUCCGUACUACUAUAAAUCACCUCCUCCACCGACCAAGUCACCACCACCGCCGACUUACUAUUACAAAUCUCCUCCGCCACCAGUAAAGUCUUCCCACCCUCCAUACUACUAUAAAUCUCCACCUCCACCGACCAAGUCACAACCGCCGGCAGUUUACUACUACAAAUCUCCUCCUCCACCAGCAAAAUCUCCACCACCUUCAUACUACUACAAAUCUCCACCUCCGCCGGCCAAGUCACCACCACCGCCUGCUUACUAUUACAAAUCUCCUCUGCUCCCACUAAAGUCACCCCCUCCUCUGUACUACUAUAAAUCCCCACCUCCACCGGCCAAGUCACCACCACCGUCGACAUACUACUACAAAUCUCCUCCGCCACCAAUAAAGUCUUCCCCUUCUCCAUACUACUAUAAAUAUCCUUCUCCACCGGCCAAGUCAUCACCACCGCCAAUUUACUACUACAAAUCUUCUCCACCACCAGCAAAAUCUCCACCACCUCCAUACUACUAUAAAUCUCCACCUCUACCGGCCAAGUCACCACCACCACCUGCUUAUUAUUACGAAUCUCCUCUGCCACCAGUAAAGUCACCCCCUUCUCCGUACUAUUAUAAAUCUCCACCUCCACCGGCCAAGUCAUCACUACCACCGAUUUACUACUACAAAUCUCCUCCGCCACCAGUAAAGUCUUCCCCUCCUCCUUACUAUUAUAAAUCCCCACCUCCACCUGUCAAGUCUCCACCCCUGCCAGCUUACUACUACAAACCUUCUGCUCCACCAAUAAAAUCUUCCCCACCACCUUAUUAG